UGUAAGCAAUUUACAACAGCUAUGACACCUGCUGUCCAAGAGAAAGCAAUGAAAAGUCAUGGUGUCUAUAUAUCUUCUUUACCUUCAAGAGAGAUGGAGUCCAGUGAAACACUAGCAAUGGAAAAUACUAGACCAGUAAAAGAGAAGAUAAAUGAUGGUUCUACUACAAGUUUUUCUUGUUCUAUUUUGGGGUUUCCUGCUUCUCAAGUCAACCACAAUAUUGAUUGCUUUAAUUUAAAAUACUUUGAUCCCCAGUCGUCUAAACAUUGUUCUUUAUUAAUGAGUCCUAAUUUAACAUUCAGUGUAAACAAUAAUUGUAUCCAGAAGAAUUUAGAAGAGCAUAAUUGCUCCAAGUUGAGAAAUCCUGUAUGUAACAGCACUAAUACACAUUUCAAUCAGAGUAUUAAUUCAGAAUCUGGAGAACAGGUUAGAAGGGAUGUUUUAUCAGGAACAAGGAAAAGCUUUCUGGAAACAGAGAAAUUACUGGAUUUACACUUAAGUGAAUUGAAGAACACAGAAGAAAAGCAGUUUCCAAAUUGUAAGUGGUAUCGGAGAAAUGGCUUUUGUGGCAAGGCUUUAUUUGUUAAUCCUGAUACAAAAAAAGGAGACCUGUUCCAUCAGAUGUUCCAUGAUGCCCCAGAAGUAACAGUAAAUUGCAAUCCUGGCAGCAAAGAACAGGAAUUAAAUUUUCGCUUACUUCAGUGUGUAAACAAGCAACAGGCUUUGUUAAAUCAGGCCAAAAGAAGUCAGAAACACUUGCAAAUUUUGUUGGCAAAGCAUAUUGUCAAACAUUGUGACCAGCAGAUGAAAUGCUUUGUGAAACAUCAGCUGCAGAGAAUGAAAGCUUUUCAUGAUACAAACAAUCCUUUGGAUGGAAACUAUGAAAAAUGUACUACGGUUAAAGUUGAAAACAGCCUAGAAGCUAAUAGGAGUAAAGACACAUGGUCUAAUUUGGAUACUGCAUCUGAUGAAAUCAAGCUGUUUGCUUGUUCUACAGCAGAACUGCUGUCUCAAGUGGAAGGAAGUUUGGAUUCUGAAGCAACUUGUAGCAGUUCAAGUGAAGAUGAUGAUGAACAGAUUUCCAAAACAAUUGUGCCAGUUAACUGUAGAUCUGACUGGAAAUGGUUGGUAGAAAGAGCUAAAGUUGGCUGUCAGUGGACAUGGCUUCAGGAUCAGAUUUCUGAGCUGGAAUACAAAAUUCAACAACUUACUGACCUUCACAGACAGAUCCGUGCCACCAAGGGAAUGGUGAUUUUAGAAGAAUGUUCAGUCCCAAAAGACAUCUUGAAGAAACGUACACAAUUACCAGAUCAAGAGGCAUUGAAUUCUACAGGAAAUUCACAAGCUUUCCUACAGAGGCAGGAUGUUUGGCCAGAACAUGAUUUUGAAAUGUCACCCAGCAGUCCAACUUUGCUUCUUCGUAAUAUUGAAAAACAGAGUGCUCAGCUGAGUGAAAUAAUAAGCAGUCUGAUUGCUCCCCUUAAUCUAUCUCCAACAUCAUCCUCACUUUCUUCAAAAACCUGUAAACAGAAUGAAUUGGUUAAUGGUAUCUCUUUAAGAGAAUCAGAGAACAAAGAAGAAAUUUCAUCUUCUAGUAGUUGCCUGGCUGAUCAACAACAUCUAAAGAGAAGAAGGAAAGAAAAGAUGAAACUGAAAACACCUACUGUUGCUCUGAUGAGCACAUCUGCUCGCACUAGACCACUUCUGAGUUUCCAGAGGAGAAAGCCAUAUAGAAUGAAUACAGCAUUUACUUUGAAUAACCAGGCUUUGCAUCAUGGCAGUACCUUGUAUAAUACAGAAGAGAUUGCAAGCAGCAAAAGAAAUAGUUACGAGUUUAGCAUCAAUUCUAGUAUAUGCAAGCAACUCAUGUUGGAACUGGACACAUCAUUCCAUCCUGUUUUAUCAUUUCCUUCAGAUGUUCCUCUACAUGUUCAUUUUAAAACUUUACUCAAGAAAUAUGAAAUCAAAGGUGAUGCUUUUGAAGGUGCUGCUCUUGGUUUAGAGUACAAAAUAUCUCCAUUAAAUGUUUUUAGUCAAAUUAAAGCUCCUCUUCAACAGUUGAGCCAUGAAUAUGAAUCCACUUCUAAACAUCAAACUAUGGCAAAAGUAUCUGAACAGUUUCCAGAGGGAAGGAAGAAAAGACAUUUAAGCGAGACAUUGUCUGGAGAAAAUAAUAGUUGUGAAGUAUUGACUUUUCAGCAUGAAGGACAGGAGUCUUACAGUAAUUUUACAGCAGUAUCCAAUGUUGACAUGUUAUCUAGAUCAAGUCAUACUAUCUCUUCACAGCUCAAUUCAAGGCGGAGACUGAGAAGUGAGUGUUCCUAUGACAUAGAUAAUAUUGUUAUUCCUAUGUCAUUAAUUGCACCAUCAAAACUGGAGAAACUUCAGUAUAAAGAAAUUCUUACCCCAAGCUGGAGAAUAAUUAGCCUAAAACCUUUAGAAAAACUGCAUGAGGAUGAAGAGAAGGCAGAAGAUCUGUCUGAUGAUGUCUAUGCUGCACGUCAUUCAAAAUAUGAAGACAAAGAAAAAGCACGGUGGUCACUGUGGGAAAAGUGUCGAUGUCCUAGAAGGAAUAGAUCAUAUAGCAGAAAUUUUGAGGAACAAGAUGCAUCACUGAAAGAAAAACAAGCAAAUUCUAAUUUAACAACCUAUAUUUCGGAAAACACUGCAGGCGUAACUUCAGAAGUCUACAAUUCUCAGUACUUGGGAACAUCAGAGUCUUCGGGGGGAAACCAAUCAAUGACUCUUCUCUGGGAAUGUCGGGCUUUUCCACUAAAAAAUGAAGAAGUAGAAGCUUUAAUACCCCAGCGUCAGCCAGCAGCUCAUCAAGAAUGUUCAAAUAUGUCUGUUCUUAGAGACUCUGACCAUAACCCAUACACUGCCUUUAGUUUUCUGAAUGAUAACCAGUCACAAAAGGAGAGUUCUAUCUCUGAAGUGGAAGACCACCACCAAAUUUACUUGGGAAGAAAACAGACGUGACAGAGAGUAAAGUUGCUUAUUUAGGAAAGUAAAUCAAGCUGAAGGAAGAUGUAAGGCAGGAUGAGAAUGCAAGAGCUAUUUAUUUAUCUGAAUUCCAAGAAUGUUUUCUGUCCAGUAGACUAACAUACUUGAUGUGAAAAGUGGAUGCUCUUAAACUGUAACCUCAAAUCACCGUUCAAUCUUGAUCAAAUAUGCAAAGUGUCUAGUUAUUGCAAUGCAGCAAAAUAUAUCUUUGCAUUUAGCAAGUGGUAAAAAAAUCAACAAUCUAUAAAUUUAUUAAUAGAACAUAUACUUGAAUUCAUUAGGCUAGACAAGUUAAAACUACAGAUGAGAUAAAGUCAGCUUAAAUGAUUUAAUUUUCUGUACUUCAAUGGAUUUCUCCCUCACCGCCAUUAUUUUAAAGGUAAGUACUAGAAGUAUCUGAGAAAUCCAGAUUUUUGAAGUAAGGGAAUCUAAUAUUUUAUUGCAUUUAGCAGUAUUUAUACUUAUUUAACUCUUUUUGUAUCCCUACAAAUACUAUGUAUGUGUUACAAUCAGCGGAUUAUGAGCAUCCAUUUUUGUAUCUUAGAAACUUUAAAUAUAUAUGGAAAAAAGGACAUUUAAAUAUAAGCAUUAUGAGCAAGACAAAAUAGCUCUUUUAGGUAAUGAGAAGACAGAUGAAAAAGUUCUCAUUCAAAUUUCAAAAUGCUGCAUUGCAAUGUUAUCUGUAUCCACCAGGGAUGCUAGGUGAAUAGAUAUUGCACAGGACUGUUGUGUGCAUUUAAUGAUACCAAUUCAAGAUAGCUCUUCUGUGAGGAACUAUUGAUGGUUUUUAUUAACAUACGAUUAUUAAGUAUGCUUUUUAAAACUAUCAUUAUCCAAAGUUAGCUUUAAUGGAUAGAUGGCCAAAUUUUAGUGUUCCAUUGUCCCAGCAGAUUAGAAGUACACUGGCUAAUAUAAAAAUGUUAAGUUGCAUUUUCACACUACAGCCUAUGUUAGAUUGUAGUUUCCUGUAUAUUUUGGUUUUAGCUUUUUAAAUAUUUUGUCCAGAAAAUUAACUUUGAAUCUUGCCUGAUAUACCAAUUUUCAAUGCAAGGUUUUAAAAUUAAAAGUUAUUUCUCUAUACUACAGUGUGAUGUUAAUGGAUUGAAAUGUGUAACAAAAAUGAACAUAAAUAUAAUAUCCCUUUAGUAUUUUGUAUUUAAUUAUGACAAAUCAUGAUUGGGAGAUACUGUUGGCUUGGCAUCAAAUGUUUUACGUAAUUGUGAUGAAUAUGAAACAACAUUUUUUCCCCUCUGAUUUACUUUCCAAAACUGAAGUCUGUAUUUUUGUUGGUCAACCUUAUUUCUGGUUUAUCAUCUUACUCACAUUUCUUUUUAAUAUAUAAAUUACAGUGACUUCUAAUAUAUGAAUAUCCAGACAGAAUGUGAAAAAUGAAAACAUGCAGUCUUUAAAAAAGGAUUUUUAUUUUAUUGAUUUGAUUUUCACUCUUAAAACAGAGCUAAUUAUGACUUACAUCUUUAUUACAAUGAGCUAAAUGGUGGGCUUUGAUCAUUUGAAAGAUGAAAUUCUUUUUUCUGGUAAGUUACUUUUUUCAUAGUAAUAAAUAUCUUGUGAACAUCUUCUAUUCUUACAGUUGAUGACAAGUGAAGGAGAUGCAAUUCAUACAUAUAUUGCUUUGGUCUAUUAUAGAUGCCUGUUAUAUGUGUGCUAACUUUUACUUAGUUAUUUUAAAUGAAUUUAAAGAGCUAUGUAAACAAUUAUAUUGUAUUAUUCUUAACAUACGCAAAAUUUCUUAGUCAAAUUUAUUGUUUUAUUAAAUAUUCUGUUGAAUUCACUAGGGCUUACUCUUAGCCAAAUCUUAGCCAAAGGAUUGCAGCCUUUGCAGAUUAGAUAAACAGAGCCAGAACCCCUAAAAGUUUGCUAUCAGUUCCCAAAACAGCAAAAAGUAUGCAUUUAACUACCUCAUCUGCCCAGACCUGGAGUAAAAAAUAUUUAUUUUAAUACAAUUGGACAACAGAAAAAGGCUCUAUAUAUUUUCUUGUUUUUAUACUCUUUAGCUUAUUCUUCGUGCAAAUGGAUACAGGUAUCAACAUUUUGUUUUUUAAAAAAGAUCUGUACAUCCCUGUUCUUUAAUAUUGUGUCUCCCACUGUUUUUUCAGCAUGAAAAGGGCAGGAAAUGGACCAAGUUUUUUUUUUAAUUUCAAAACAUAUUUUUAAUAAAGCCAAUUAAAGAAAUUAAUGUCAAACAUUCCACUGAAAAGAGAAUUGCAAUAUUUGUCUUCAUUAUCCUGUUUGUCUUAAGAAAAUGAUAGAAAUGUUGUAAUUUGAUGUGCCAAUUUUGACUGGAAGACUUGUUUUUCAUUCAAAAGGCAUUUGACAGGCACCAAAUCAUAAAAUUUCCUUAACUACUUUUAUAGUAUGAACUGUACAUCUACAAUGAAAUUUCUGAAACAUCUGUAUAAAUUGGGAAUCAAAAAGAAUGUGCAUAUGUGCAUAUAUAUAAAAAACAAAUUAUUU